CGUGUAGCCGCUAGGCCGCUACUCUACUACUAGCUGUCGCGUCGGUCAGUGGCAGCGCGCCGGCCUGUCGCGAUGGACGCCCAGAUCAUACUGCGCGAGCUGCUCCAGACCGUAGCCAGGGAGCAGGACUACCCUGACCCACACGUGGAAGUCACCGCCAUCAACAGCGGCGGCGCCAACUACACCUCCGCGCUGUUCCUCGCCUCCAUCUCCGCCGCCGACAAGGAUGAUCUCAAACUCUUCGCCAAGGUGGCCAUCAUCGGCGAGCAGUUCCGCCAGAUGAUCGACGGAGACCGCCUCUUCAACAACGAGCGCUUCUUCUACACGGAGCUUAAGAAAGUCUACGAAGCUCUACAAGACAAACAUGGCGUUGAACAAGAGCAUCGGAUGGUGUUCCCGAAGUUCUACGGCUACAAAGACACGUAUUUAGAGGAGAUCAUAGUGCUGGAGGACCUGGUGGCGGGCGGGUACGGCAGCCACAACCGGCUCAAGUCGGUGUCGUGGGAGUACGCGGCCGCGGCCGUGAGCCAGCUGGCCAAGUUCCACGCUUUAUCCUUCGCGUUCCAAGACGAGCAGCCCGAGGAGUUCGCGCGCGUGGCGGACGGGAGACAGUUCCAGUCGCCGGACGCGUACGACGACGAGAACAACCCGUGGCGCAAGAUGGCGGGCGGGGCGCUGAAGGUGGUCCGUGAUGAGUAUCGCGGGAGACUGCAGGCGUUCCUGGAGAACAACCUGGAUAGAGAGAAGUUCGUGGGCUACUACCGGCCGCGCGCUCGCUGCGUGUUGGCGCACGGCGACUUCCGGCCCAGCAACCUGCUGUGUCGACGCAAGGACGACAAACUGGAAAUCGUCCCGGUGGACUACCAGACGAUCACGGCGGGCUGUCCGGCCAACGACCUGCUCUACUUCAUCUUCACCAGCUCCGACAAAGCCUUCCGCGAGCAGCACUACCAGCCGCUCAUAGACCACUACCAUAGACAACUGUCCGAAGCACUCAAGAGGCUGGGCAAAGAUGUCGACAAGAUUUACUCCAAAGAAACCCUGGAACAGGAGGUGAAAGAACUCCUGCCGUUCGGUUUGCUGAUAGCCAUUUUUAUACUUCCGAUUGUGACUGUGGAGGCCGAGGCAGCGCCGAAGUUUGACGAUAUAACGGAUAUGGAGAUUGAGCCUAAUGCUCUAUACGCGGAUCGUUUCAAUGGCAUCGUGGAUGAUUGCGUGGAGUGGGGUGUACUGUAGAGCUGCUGUAUCAUUCCACUAUUGUUAAAAUUGCGGCGGAAGUUGAUGAUUACGUUUGGAAAAUAACAUGUCUAGUGUCUACGUCUCGUUGUUAUUGUAUGUCGGAAGGCUUAUCUACCUACACGUGCUGCAAUCAUUAUCAAUUAUUUUUGUAUUCCGGAACAGGUGUGGACAGUUAGUAAUCUAAAUGAAAUCAUUUAUAGAUAUCUGAAUGACUUUGUUUCCGACUACCUUGCUAUGAAGGACUUGAGGUGCUAAAAUGUUAAAGUUCAUAAUUUAAUUAUGUUUCCAUUAGUUUAAAGCUAGUUUUUAAAAGGGUUACCAUAGGUUAGGCACCAUAUUUUUAUCUAGUUUAUCUAUAAUCCAUACCAUCAUCAACCCGUAUGAGUUCUGUAGAUAUAAGCCAUUAUCUCCACGCUUGGCUUAAGAGUUGGAGAUCGCAGUAUUAAAAGAAAACAGCAUAAAAAACAGCUGGAUUUUUUCCAGCCAACAGUCUACCUCGUAUGCAGUUAGUCUCAUAGAACGACGCCCUGAUAGGGGCCGGUGCUAUUAAUCUGUAACUUAUUUAUGUAUUCAUAUAUCAUAAUGACACUGCUUACAUUAUUCAUUGAGUAUUAUAUUAUUAUUGUAGUUGAUAACGAUCAAUCAACAGCAUCAAUGGAUACGAGUAAAUAUAACCUUGUAUUUACCUGUAAGAGAUUAAAACUUUGUCUAAUAUGUGAUUAUCUAAUAUCUAAUAUGUGAUUAUUAUCUAAUAUGUGAUCUAAUUUGUCUAUUAUGUGAGUAUUUCGAGAAGUUGAGUAUUUUGAGAAUUCAAUAAAGAAUGAUUAUUUUUUGUAGAAUAUAUUUUUUAUGAAUAAAUUGUGGUGGAAAAUUACGUUUUUAUUUACUUCAUACCUACAUUCUGAACCGAAAAUUUGCUCUGUGAGGAGAAUAAAACACAAGCAUUAAUAUUUUCCUUUUUAUUAUCUCAGGAAUUGUUUGUUUUCAUAUUAAUAUAAUAUCAUAUAUAUGUACUAGUAUCAUUACAGUGGAUACACGUAUCAGCCGGUAGAGUCGAUUUGUCGCGAGUGGCACUCGACCGAUCAACAAAAUAAUAACAUUUAAUAAUAAAACCAAACGCACAGCCUUAAAAAAAACAUAUAUCGAAAUUUAGGUCGUCGUGCUGCUACCAACUACAUAUACAUA